AUGAGUACUAGCCAGCUAACAGCAAAUCCGUCAGCUAAUAACUUCUACUAUGAGAAGACUUGCUUGCCUGGCGUGUCGGCACAUGAGGCUUGCACUUAUCGUUCUUUCUCUUUUGAAAGAAUGCGCAAAACUGUGCUAGAGGGAUUCGUUAGAAAGAGUGUUCAGGUGGCCAACCGAGAACAAUGCCUAUCAGCUUGCCUUAAGGAGAAAGAAUUUGUGUGCAAGUCAGUUAAUUACAACUACGACUCCUACCUCUGCGAGUUGAGCACAGAAGAUAGAAGAUCUAAGCCUACACAUCUUCGCAUGGCUGAAGGAGCUAUUGACUACUACGAUAACAACUGCCUUACUCGUCAAAACAGAUGUGGACCAUCUGGAGGUAAUCUGGUCUUUGUUAAGACCACUAACUUUGAAAUUAAAUUCUACGACCACACCCAAUCAGUUGAGGCCCAA